AAGGAUUGGGAUCCCUCUUGGGCGCCAUAUAUCACUUCCACUUAAAGUGCAGUAAUACAAAGAAAAAACAGGCGCCCCCUUGUGGAGAAUCAACGGGAUCACAGAAGGUGUCAUUGAAAUGCAAAGAGUCCCUAAGAGAGUCCUGAUAAAGUGCAGGGAGAGGGGCGGCUGUAGGGACAGUGGGGACUAAUCCGGAGGUGGAGAGGACAGAACCCGGGGAGAUGCUGGAAGCCAACAAGAUGUCCAAACCUCUUAUGGAGAAGAAGAGAAGAGCCAGGAUCAAUAAUUCCCUGGAGGAGCUGAAAACCUUAUUAGAGAAGCAUUACAGCUAUAAUGUGAGGAAGAGGAAGUUGGAGAAGGCGGAUAUCCUGGAGCUGACUGUGAAACACAUUGAGAACCUGCUCAGUAUGAGACCAGAAGGAAUGGCUCCAGUGGAUCAGGAAGGGAUCAGCGAGUAUACGGAAGGAUUCCACGGCUGCCUGACCAAACUGGGCUCCUAUAUGCUGAGGACCAAGACGUCACAGGAGAAGCUGAAGCUUGUAGAUCACCUCAAUGGCCUCCAGCCUCAUGACGGUCACAUUCACAACGGCCACGUCCCACAAAGUCAAAUGUCUUCUCAAAAGAUAAAUCAGCCAAGUUAUCAAUCGAUAGAAGAGAAAAGAAGGAACCCGGAAAAUGGAAACAGUCAAAGGAAACCAUCAGCAGGAAACACGACCUUCAGCACGACCUUCAGUGAAGCCAGGAGAGGUCAACAGGUCUCCACCCAGCAUAUAGACGUAACACCGCCAUCUCCUUCUUCAUGUCCGCACAACCUCCACCCACCAAACCCACCCAAUACCUGCUGGAGACCCUGGUGAUGACGUGGAGCCCUGGUAUAUAUAUAUUCCUUCAGUGACUUUAUACCGUUCAGAGGUCGUGCUCUAUAUAACACUGGUUUGGAGGUUUACAGAUGUAUAGGGGUGUAAAUUCCUGAAUAUGACCGAAUUAUAUGUAAAUAUGCAAAUAAAGAUCAUAAUGGACUAAUAAGG